AUGGGAGGACCUCGAUUAGAAGUCGUAAAGUUUGGAUUCUAUGUAUUUUUCCCCGUAGGCGUCAUGCUCUACUUUGGUGGACCUGACUUUUACGAUAGAAAUGUGAAAGGUAUCAAGUUCUGGCCCGAUUAUGAAACGACCACCAAACCUCCAACCACCUCGGACGAAGUGAAAGAUGCAUUAGUAACAAUGAAAGCAGAACGAGAAGAACGAUGGAGAAAGUAUCGGGAACAGCAACAACAACAACAACAACAACAACAACAGAAUCAACAGGAUUGA